AUGCGCGUACAGAGCCUGCUAGUGGCCUUGUCGGCGGUGAUACUGCCAACCUGCGCUCAGAACAACACGGCUUGGCCAUUUCAAACCUUCAGAUCCCUUCCCGGCUUCGAACCUCCUCAGCUCGAGAUCACCCAGAAUGCUUCAGCGGCACCGGGUCUGAUAUUCUUCCCCAUCAGCGGCGACGGAGCACACAACUACAGCCUGAACAUUUACGACCAAGAUGGCGAGCUUGUCUGGCAGUCCGGCUACGGCGACUACGCAGCAUUCAGGCCAACAGAACUCUUUGGCGAGCCUGUCCUAGCCGCAUGGAGCGGCAUCAGCUUCCCUGAGCCCUGGGGAUUCGGUUAUGGCAUUGUCAAAAUCUUCAACCAGAACUAUGAGAAUAUCUACAACGUUACCCUGUGGAACACGACCUACCCAACUCUCGAAAGUAUCUAUCCGGAGUAUGAUCCCACGCAGUAUGAUCCGUUCAGCUGGAUCGACAUGCACGAGAACAACAUUACGCCUCGUGGCACCAUGUUCGUAGGUGCUGUGAAUGUUACGGCGUGGGAUUUGACGUCUAUUGGCGGCCCUGAGGAUGGUUGGAUCGUCGACUCCCUUGUGUUGGAGCUGAACGUGACCAAUAGCGAGAUUCUGUGGCAGUGGAGUCAUCUUGCACAUGUGGAUCAUAUUCCGUUGACGGAUGCCGUUCCGACAUAUCCUCUUGGAGAACUAGGUCAAAAUCAAUCUUAUCCAUGGGGACCCUUUCACAUUAACUCUGUGGACGAGUUUGAGGACGGAAGUUUGUUGGUUUCGUCGCGGCAUUACUGCUCUAUUUUCAAAAUCGGUCGUGACGGCGAGGUGCAAUGGACGUUGAACGGAUACUCCGGAGGCGACUUCACCCUCAAGAACGACCUGCAUUUCUGCUACCAGCACGACGCCCGUAUUCACUCGGAAAACAGCUCCACGACACUAAUUUCCAUUUUCAACAACGACAACUCUGCCGUCGUCUCCUAUGUCAAUCAAACGACCGGUAUCUUCUUGAGCGUCAAUACUGACACCAAGGAAGCCACGCUGGUCAAAGAACUCUACGACCCAUCGGAGCCGAUCUACGCUGUGAGUCAGGGCGAUCACCAACUCCUUUCCAAUGGGCACUCCAUUAUGGGAUAUGGCAGCGUACCCUUCCUCAAGGAAUUCGACAAGCACGGGAACGUCGUCCAGACCGUUAAAUGGGGUCAAGCUCAGGCCGUUCAAAGUUAUCGAACGUACAAGUCUCAGUGGGUUGGAACACCGUCCACGCGUCCGGAUGUUUUCGCUUGUGCGGAGAGCAAUGCCACGACCAGCGUACACAUGAGCUGGAAUGGUGCGACCGAGCACCAGAGCUGGAAGGUUCUUGCGGGCUCAUCCAGGGAGGGUCUGAGGAACGUGACAGACGUGAAGAAGACUGGAUUUGAGACCUCUGCCAGCAUCAGCGGUCAUGCGCAGUUUGUUCAAGUUGAAGCACACGGUGAUGGUAUUAAGACUGUCGCUUCGACUGUCGUCGCGAUCGCAGAAGCGUGCUAG